AUGGACAAGACCAGAAUUGGCUACAUUGAUUGCAGGGGCCAACCCGGGAAAUUCUUUCAGGAACCAGUCGGUACCCCCAAGCGCAUCAAGCCUGCAUUCGAUAUACGGUUUUUCAAGGGCGUAUACUAUCUGGAUGGAGAACUUGCCGGUGCCAUCCCAACCUCAAUCGAGCUCAAUAUCAUUGAUCAGCGGACUUUGGUAAUCUGCGGCACAAUGGAGCGCGCAUACCCUAAUGACUCUCGAGUUCCCCCGUCGGAACUAGCAGCGCUUGAAAAUGAUAUGGACGCGGUGCUGCAGCAGAUAUUAGAUGCAAUAAAAAAGGACUGCGAAAAUCCACAAGACGAGACGACCGCAAUUGGGGAUGACAUCCCUUCCAGUGAAGAUGCUCAGGCGUCCUCGGACGGACAAAGCGGUACAGAUCUUGAGGUUACGUCGACAUCAGCUUUUCCGCGAGAGAAAAGUCGCCAGGGCGAGGGGGGUCGACAGAAACCGCGUGUCUACAUAAUCCCGCAACUUCGAGAAGAAGACAAAGGCAAGGGCCCGGCCAAAGGGAUUCUGCGGAAGCCAGGAAGUAAAAACGACGAGCCUGAGAGUGACGAUGAUCUGCAAAAUCGAACAGACUUCGAUGAGCGGGUCGACCUACACGAUGACCAUGGUGAACACCCAGAUCCCUCAAGGACCUGGGUCUGGCUGUUGGCUGAGCGAAAGGUUGGCCGGUUCUUUCGCUCCUUUCGCUUCAAGAGACCGAUCAACUGGAAUGCCGCGCAAAGCCUCUUUAUGGGAGGUCUUCUUCUCCUGAAGCUUCCGGUGGUUGUGGUGCCGAAGAGACGCGUUCAUUUCGAGCUGGUUUGUGACUAG